AUGGUAACACGAAGACAUUCAAAUAUUGACCUUUGGGUUAAUACUAAUAUGUCUCGACUUGAUCAAGAUGUUCAUUUUAUUCCAAUGGAAAGUGUUUUUCGACGUUUUCAUUCAAAUCAACGCUUUGGUUUAUCAACAGCUUUUGUGCAUGAUGCUCAACUACAUUAUGGUACCAAUCAGAUUACACCACCUCGGUCACAGAAUUAUUUUUGGUUGUUAUUUCAACAAUUAUUCAUGGGUUUUAAUUCAAUUCUUUGGCUUGGUGGUAUUCUUGCUCUUAUUGCCUACCAACCACUUGGUGGAUCGAAUCCAUCAAUUACAAAUUUAGGUCUUGGCAUUGUACUUUUCCUAGUCAUUAUUUGCAAUGCAUUUCUCAAUAUAUAUCAAAAACUCAAAUCGAUUAAAAUAAUAGCAUCAUUUUCAAAAUUAUCACCAACAACUGCUACUGUUCGACGUGAGGGUGUAGAACAACAGAUUCCUACAAAUGAACUUGUUCCAGGUGAUAUUAUUCUAAUACAAAUGGGUGAUGUAUUACCAGCUGAUUGUCGAUUUUUAACUUGUGAAGGACUUAAAGUUAAUUCAGCAGAAUUAACUGGCGAAACAAAACCUAUUACGGUCACAGUUCAUUGCACAAGUCAAAUUUUAAUGGAAUCAACUAAUAUUGGAUUUUAUUCUUCAUUUGUUGAACAAGGCAUGGGUGAAGCAAUAGUUAUUGCAACUGGUGACAAUACUAUUUUGGGUAAAAUGUCAGGAACAACAACAACAAAAGAUAAUUCUAGUAAUGAAACUACUAAUCUACAUCGUGAAGUGAAUCGUUUUGUUUUAUUUGUUCUUGUGGCUGAUAUCAUCAGUAUUUUUAUUCUUUGGAUUACUUGGUUAGGAUGGCUUAAUUAUUCUCAUCCAACUUUUAUUACUUUAACUGGAAAUAUCCUCAAUUCAAUCGGAAUGAUCGUUAGUUUCUUACCUGUAGGUUUACCAUCGGCUAUCACUCUUGGUAAGUAACAUAGAGUAAUGAACAUAUGUUGUAGUUCGUUCGCUUUUUCUAUUCUAGUAUUGGUAAUAGUGGCUAAACGAUUGAGUCAACAGCGAAUAUUAGGAAAAAGUUUACAAAUUGUUGAAAGUUUUAAUUCUGUUUCAGU